UUAACUCGUGUCAGGUAAAUAUCGCUACGGAGACGGAAACAAGCCAUUUUUUUCUGUAAGCCUAUGUCUAAAUAUUAUACUAUAUUAUAUAUAGUUUAGCAGUAGGGUUUGUAUGCAGAAGUGUUUUUUGUUUUACUUUACCACGCAAUGCAAGUUAGAUUAUGCUACUUCAACCCUGUAUUUUUCAGAAAGGCUAAAAUAAGCCACAUUUGUAUUUAUUCAGCCUCCAAACUCCAAAGUGAACCGAAUAUUAUGGAGUAGGCUGUUUUCAACACCCCCGUACAAAGUAAUAUGUUGAUCGCAGCCUUUUAACUGUGUGUGUCAUGGUGAAUAAACGCAUCAUCAGACUGGCUGCUUUACAUGACUUCACAUUGGUAGCGUUUUGAUACACUGGAGGCGUUGGACUGAUCCCCUGUCAGUUUCUUAGGGAAAGUAGACACUUUGGAGUGAGCGAGUCAGCUUUCUGCUAUAACAACAACAUUUCCAAAGCCAUUUCUGUCAAAUAUAUUUUCUACUUAAGCACCGUGCUGGACGGCUGUGUCAUUGAGGAUAUAUGUUCGGUAAAGGUGCGAAGCGGAAGCUGGGCGAGGAUGAAGAGGGGUUGGAAGGCAAAACGCUGGAGGCGUCGUUGGCGGGAGGGGGCCUCGGCUUCUGUCCGGAGGGCCUGUCCAAGGUGUCGUACACCCUGCAGCGGCAGACCAUCUUCAACAUCUCCCUGAUGAAGCUGUACAGCCAGCGGCCUCUCGGCGAGCCAAGCCUGGAGCGCCGGGUCCUCAUCAACAACAUGCUGCGCCGCAUCCAGGACGAACUCAAGCAGGAAGGCUCCCUGCGGCCCCUGCUUCUCCCGCCCUCGCCGCCGCCCGACGACCCCAUGGACGAGGGCUUCCGUGAGGCGCCGUCUUCCUUUGGUGUUCUGUCAGUGCAGGUGUCCCAGCCUUCUGCGCUGCUGAUGCCGGUGAUCGUUCCACCGCCUUCCCCCCACCCAAUGGUGCCUCCUAACUGCCAGGCAUCCCAGGCCUGCCCCAACCAUGUGGGGGCCUGCCUCGCCCCCCUGGAAGCCUGCCUCACUCCAGCCUCUUUACUAGAGGAGGAUGGUACAGAUUCCGCCUUUUGUACUCCCAUCCCACCCACUCCUCCAAUGUCGCCGCCCCCGUCGCAGCUUCCCCCGUCGCAGCCUCCCCCGUUACCUUCGGCACUUCUGAGCCGGGCAGCCUCCCGGGUCCCUGUGCCGGCCUCGUCCAACGACUGUUUACCCUCCGCUCUGAGUGACAUGGAGUUAGGUCCUCCCACAGCCAUAACAAGGACAGCAGCAGCUAAUGCUAAUACCGAGACUACCUCCCCGGCUCUCACGCCACUCCCCCAGCCCUCCACCAUAUCAACCCUCUCCCCCGCACCCACAGGCCUACCAAGAGACUGCAGGACCGCGGGUGUUAAACCAGAGGCAGAUAGCGUCUUGCUAGCGGAUGCCCAUUGUGCCGAGCUCCGGCCGAUGGACACUCUGCCCACACUGCCCCCUGCUGGCCUCGUAGACAUUUCCUCCUCCUCUUCCUCCCCCUCGGGGUUCCUCUCAGACUUGGCACUGGAUGACGUCCUGUUUGCCGACAUCGACACGUCCAUGUAUGACUUUGACCCCUGUACCACGGCGGGGGCUGUUGGCGUGGCGGCAGGCGGCGGCCUCACCAAACUGUCGCCGGUGGUGACGGCGGACGACCUCCUCAAAUCGCUGGCUUCGCCGUACAGUGGCCCCACCCCCCAGGUUUCAGCCAAUCAGCCUUUCAAAAUUGAUCUGACAGAACUGGACCACAUCAUGGAGGUGUUGGUGGGGUCGUGACUGGUGGACUCCGUCACCACAGAAACACUCAGACAGUUUCAUAAGGACAACAGACUGGAAGGAACUUUUGGGAAUCGAUUUUAGCGUGUUCCUGGUUGUUGUUUUUAUGUUUUUUAAAACUCUUCAAAGGGUCGGUAAUUGUAAACAUCGAUUGUGAUGUCAAUUAGUACUACUAUGACAACUACUACUACACAUUACUGUGCAUGCACUGUGCUCGCCUUUCCAAAUAUGGAAAUGAAGUAACCGGGAAACAAAGACAUACAUACGUUUGUAUUUCAAUACUUGUGAGGACCUCUAUUGACUCCAUUCCUUAUGUUCCCCUAAUCCUGAUGUUAACUCUAUCCUAGUUUAAUCUUUAACCUGAACCUCAGCCUUAAACCUAAACUGUAAAUAGAAAAAAACACGAGGACCGGCAAAUCGUUCUCAUCAUGGGAGAUCUUUGUAGUCAUUCUGUCCUUUUAUUUUACCUCACAGGUAUAGUAAUACAAGUGGACAUCUCUCACACACACACACACACACACACACACACACACACACACACACACACACACACACACACACACACGGAAUCAAUGACUUUUAGCAGAUGAGUGCCUUUCAAAAUGACCACUUCUUCAAUUCCUGUUUUUACAGUAUUUUUUUUCUAGUUAUUUUCACUUUAACCGCCUAGAGAGAAGAAACUCCUCAAUGUUUGUUUUUUAAUUUAACUUGUUGUAUUAUGUUAAAACUAUUAUUAAGUAAGGUAAUUUCACAUGAUCAAAUAAUAAUUAUUUAAUCUUUAUCUUAUUACAGAUGUUUUAGCUUCUUGUAAAGCAAGCAUAAUUAGGUUUUUACGAGGAAUGCGUUGUUAUGUUAGCUCGGCUUUAUAAUCACGCUUUGGGAAUAGCUCUGAAACACAUCGUCUGGUUAUUGGUUUAAUUUGAUUUUGUUUUUGUUGUUCAGGGCUAUGAAUUCAGUUCAGGGCUUAUUUUUGACUUUGACUUUGUCAUUGGUAGGCACAAAUAACUGUGCUGGAUGCUAUUUUACAUGAGCUCCAUCUACGGGCUAGUUAUCAUGCUUUCAGUUAUAGCUGAAUUCAAAUGAGCUGUGCCCGCAGGAAAGCUCCAUGUGUUUACAUUGCUGUGCCUCCAACAACUCCCAGUCACAUGUUGAUGAUUUGACUUGUUAAAACAUACUAAUUUGGCUGAAUUGGACACAAAAACAUUUGAAUAUUUAAUGUUUUUGGUUUGAUACAUACAGAACUAGCAACAUAAGUGAUAGACAGAUUACAGCACGGUAUGAAGUAUUGGAGUAUGUUUACCUGUGUGUAGAAUAAGAGCCCUAUAGCCAAAUCUCAGGGUCCUGCUGUGCAUUGUGCUGUACACUGUCACCCUCAGCUUAUAGAUUCUUUAAACACACGAUAGCAGACGGGCUAGAUCUGGCUCAUGAAUAAUUUGAAUGUGGAUUUUGAAGUACAACAAUUAUGUUAACCUGGCAAAAUACUCCAAACAGAGGCUACUAUGCAGAAACAGUGUGUAGGCUAAGUGCAGCAUCCGAGGCAAGGUCACAUGAAGAUUCCCAAGGUUUUACACACACACACACGCACACACACACACACACACGCACACAUUUAGGGACAGAUCCACAGCCAUAAUGGCAUACAAGCUUUUGCAGGAAUCGUAUUAAUUGUGUAUGGCGGAGUCACACAAUGUAGCCAUUAACUGCACUCAGACCAGCAUGUUGCCACCCAGAUAUUUGUAUUUUGAUUGGUAGAUGAGGACAGUAAAACACACAGGCAUUAUAAAAAAACGCUUCCCAUUUAUGCAGCAGUCAAAGUAACAACUGGAUUGCAUCAUUUUCAAGCUGCUUGAUGAUAAACAAAACAAAAAGUGCAAAAUGCUUUUCCUGGCUAGCUCCUCCUAAAGUCUCAUGAUGCAAUGAUAUUUUAAGAGUAAUCUGCCCUGGAAUUCUUUAAAACAUUAUAUGUUAUUAAUGCAUUUCAAGACAGACCAUGGUGAAGUGUGACAAUCUUCUUGAGGCUACAUUUGAUAAAAUAUCAGGGCACGAUGUCUGUUUUUCACAAGCCCUCAGUUUGAAGUUAAAGCGUGCAAACCUGUGAUUUUAGCCUCUAUUUGUAAUGAGCCUGAGACACACAAUACGACAUUUUGUUAACUUGUACGUUGAAUGCUACACAUUGUGACUAAAGAAGCUAAAAUGCUUCAUAAUAUUGUGAGGACUGCAGAGUUUCGUGAAAAUGGUCUGCAAGUUCAUCACUGAAACCGACACCUUACACAUAAUGCAUAACCAUUUGUCAUGUGGCUUGAAUGUAAGUGGAUCAUUCAAAUUAAAUCUUUACUUGCAAAAAAAAAGAAGUGUACACAGCACUGCACACAGUGACGUUUAGUUCCCAAAGGACCAGUCCACACUUUGUACUCCUGGGACUUGAACCAGCAACCAUCCGCUUCCCAUGCCAAGUCGCUACAGACCCCUAAAGAAUGUUAGUUGUUGGAAUGAAUAUCAUCUACAUUUGUCGAGCUAUUCACAGCAAGCUAAGAGACACCACAGAGAUGCCCAUCACCAACACGUUGAAUUGCUCUCCUUCAAAUGUAGUUAAAUAUCAUAAGAGUCCCUCAACCCUUGUGUCUGGCGGCAGCAGUGAGGUUUUAGUGAUGUUUGACUUGUUUGGGUGGAUCAUCAUUAGUUUCCCAGCAUGCAUUUGACAUCAGCUGAUACGUAAGUGAGCUGCGUUUGAACUGAAUUCAAAGCGGAGUGUGAGCAGCAUCGAUCAUACUGUUUGCAGACGACACUCUUGUUUCUUUCACCAUGUUUGAAUUUUGGAGUGCUUGUUUUUUUUCUGUCCAUGAAGGUAUUUAUUCAUCUUGUUUUUCUUUUCAAUGUAAAUAUAUUUAUUUUUGAUGUGAAGUGAACAUUUGGAUUGUAAAUGUGUGUACAGAAUGUGUGGCAGGAAUGUAUUUCAGAUAGGAAUGUAUCUGAGCGUGGAAUUAUGGGUGGAAGCCAUUUUUUAUACACAUAGGUAGUUCCUAUUAUCUGCUUUUAUGUUCCUUUGUUGUUUUUGUUAUUGUGGGUUUGCGGCCACAACUUUUUACAUCUUUUGUACUUUAUUUCGUUUCCAGUUGAAGGCGAACCGUUCAUGCAGCAAUACACACACAGCCGUCUCCAACCUUCCGAUGUCAAGACUCCAAAGCCUGUCAUAGACGCUUCAAUGCCAAAAGUAAUGUAAAUAGUACGAACAACACACAAGCUCCUGAGACUUGGUCGACCAGUGUUUGAUACCGAAUCUGUUUUAGCGCUGUCCGACCACGAGGUGGGUUAAAUCGCAGAGAAAGACUGAUUUUUCUCCUCGAAGGCUGUAUUUUACACAGACCUCAGAGCUGUGCCUUUUUCUAUGCAAUAGUACACACACACAAAGAGAAAGCUGAUCACUGUAUAGGGAUCCAAACGUGGACUGAAGAUGAUAUAUAUUUGUAUAUAUAUGUAUAUGUAUACAAAUAUAUAUAUAUAUAGAACGUUUAUGAGAUAAAUGGACAGCUGUCAAUGAAUUUGAAACAGUCUUACUUUUUUAGUUAUAUAUAUUUAAAAAAUAUAUAUAUAUACAAUAAACUGUAAAAAGAG